AUGUUGGAAAUGCCACUGAUCAGCAGCAACAGGCAGAAGCGGAAGAGAAGCGGUCAUACAAAUUACAAAGAAAGCAGGUGGAUGAAUAGCUCGCAGACAUCUUUGAGCGAGAAACGAUUCAUUUGUCGGAGUUCAGUGAAGACGACAACGACGACGACGACGACAAUGAAGAUUCCAUCGUGGAAGUGCACUAUGGCGGCGGAGCGGCAGGUGUUGUUGCUGCGCAAGAAGAAGAAGAAGAUAUUAAUAGUGAACAGUAGCAGCAGCAGCAACAGCAGCGGCAACAACAGCGGCAACAACAGCGGCAACAACAGCGGAAACAAUAGCGGCAACAACAGCGGCAACAACAACAGCAGCAACAACAGCAACAACAAAGAGUGCAGCAGUAACGCCAACGCUGGUGAAUGUUAUACCGACACCGCAGCCACCGCUAAUGAUGACCGCUAUACCGGGAGCAACGUUACUCUUAACAGCGUCGUCAACCCCGCCACCGUCAGCACCGUCGAUGACAACAACAACAACAACAACGGCGAACAG